GAUCGCUGAUCUCCGGUCAACCUCCCCGCUGCCUCUCCCCGGGAUUCCUCCUCCUCUUCUCCGUUCAAAGAUGGAGCUCCGGACGCUUCUCCCGGCUCUCCUCGCCCUCUCCGCCGCCUCGCUGCAGUCGGUGUCGGUGGAGUCCGGCGCGGUGUCCCGGUCCGGACCCAAAGUCACCGAGAAGGUCUUCUUUGACGUGGCGGUUAGCGGUCACGAGGUGGGCCGCAUCGUCAUCGGCCUGUUCGGAGAGGUCGUCCCUUCAACGGUCAACAACUUUGUGGCCCUGGCCACUGGAGAGAAAGGUUACAGCUACAAAGGCACAAAGUUCCACAGAGUCAUCAAGGACUUCAUGAUCCAGGGCGGAGAUUUCACGGCCGGAGACGGGACUGGAGGUCACAGCAUCUAUGGGACGACUUUUAAAGAUGAAAACUUCAAGUUGAAGCACUUGGGCCCGGGCUGGGUGAGCAUGGCGAACGCCGGUCCUGACACCAACGGCUCUCAGUUCUUCAUCCUGGCGGCUAAAGCUCCGUGGCUGGACGGGAAACACGUGGUGUUUGGAAAGGUUCUGGACGGGAUGGCUGUCGUGCACACCAUUGAGCUGCAGGACACCAACGACAGAAGUCUGCCGUACACUGAGUGUGUCAUCGUCAACAGCGGGCGGAUCGCCGUGAAGGAGCCAUUCGUGGUGGAAGUAGACGGCUGGGAGAACUAGUCCAGUCAAACCCCUAGGAGGCUUCAGGUCCUUGUCUGACUCGGCCCCUAGUGACAUGCUGCAUUUCAACACUCAAACAAACUUGACCAUGUUAUGUUGUGUUCUUUUCUGUUUCACAACAGCAAAACCAAAUUCAAGCUGUGUGUUUUGAAAGACACACGUAAACAAGGGAUUAGUCAGAGUGAAGGAGCCAGCACUUCUACUUUUGCUUCCUCUCCUAAAUGGAAUACAGUAGCAAGCACUGAUAUACGACAACCUGACGCAGUAGCAUUAACAUGUCAGUAAGAGUCAGUUCUGAAGAAAUCGUUUUUACUUACAUGCAUGCCGCAGUGCACUGCAGGAAACCUUCCCUUUAUUUAUUUCAACGCUAUAUUUUUGGAUUUUUAUCACUGUGCUGACUCUACAUCACACAACCUUCUGCUUCUGUGUGGAACCUAUUGGUGCAAUCCAUUUACAUUAAUGAGUCAGGAGUCUUGGAGUGACCUCACGCUAGCUACUAAUAAGAACUUCAGACUCUUGAAAACAGAUGGACGAAUCGUGACAUGAGCGGAAUUAGCAUCCAUCAACAACUUGUUUACAAGGACAGAUAUUAACACACAAUUUGCAUGAUCUGUUUUCUAUGUGUGUUCUCUGUGCUGCCCCCAGGAAACUCUUUCGACAUUCAAGUGAAAUAUGAAAACAACAGAAAUGAACUGAAUUUUCAGAAAUGGAUCAUAAACUGACCCCAGUUCGUCAAUUAAGAAACGAAAAUAGGUGCCAUUUUUUAAGUCAGUGAAGAGUAGUUUCCAUUCCUCUUCUCUAGUGCCCCCUGCAUGCUGAAAUUUCAGAGUAAAAAAGCAAUUUACAAUCGAAAAACUGUGAUUUUUGCACGUGAACUUGUAGCAGUGAAUUCUCACCUAUUUUUAAACCAACGUUAAUGUUAUAUUGUUCGUACGACAUGCUCAUUUUUUUCUUACAUUGUGUGUCAACCUUUUUAUACAUUUGUACAAGCUAAACUUGAUCCUAAACUCCUGUGGUAUCUUUCUCAAAUAUGCACACUAACUACAAGGCGUAGCAAACUCAAGUGCCAUGGCAGUAUUUGUACGUUCAACUCAACCAUGUUUGUCUCCCUGUAUCAGCAUGACAGAACUGUAGCGGGUGUGUGAGCUAUGAUUUAUGUUACAUUUUGUCUUGUGACAUCGCCAUGUGUCCUCAGACUAUAUCUGACGCAACAGUUGCAAUAUUUUGUGUUUGUGCCAAAUUUUAUACAAUAAAAUCUUUUUAAUUC